AUCGACGGCACAUCGUGGAUACACUCCGAAUAAAAAUUUUAGGCGCGUACAUGUAUGUUGUUAUACUGCCAGAUUCGCGAUGAAUAGCAAAGUUAGAAACAAGGUUCUGAGUCAACAAUGUCGAGAAAUUAUAGCCUCUGUAUUAGAAUUCAUGCAAAAGGAAGCAACAGAUGGAGUGACUAUUCCUAUAGACAAAGUACAAGAAUGUGUCUCUGCCGCAACAGGGGUGAGCCUGUCUUCCAUAAGGCGUGUAAAAAAAGAGGUGCGAAAUAUAAAAGAGCAUGUGGCAGUUUCAUUCCCAAAACCAAAGAGAACAAACAUCAAAACCAAGGUGGCUCUCGAUGGUUUUGACCAAGGGUUGUUACGGAGAACGAUCAUCAACUACCAUAUAACAGAGAAGCGCAUACCUACCUUGCGCUGUAUACACAGAAAAAUGCGCGAUGUUGCCAAUUGAAAAGGGUGUAAAGAAACACUACGCAAGGAAAUACACAAAUUGGGAUUCAG